CGUCAUGAAUAGUGGUGAGCGGCGGGUGAAACACAGCGCCCUCUGUCUGCUGCCGUUACCGAAACUUUUUCACUUGUUGAAAUGGAGAAGAGAUCGGAUAACAGCACUGGACAUCUUUACGAGCAGGAUGAAAAAAGCGAGUUACUUCCACCGCAUGUGGAGCAUACUAAGGGUGGCACGAGCUCCAAGACGUCUGCCUCGUUCAAUUUCAUUAACUCCAUCCUUGGAUCAGGGCUUAUAGGCCUACCAUUCUCAAUGGCUCAGGCUGGCCUGCCUCUGGGACUGCUGCUGCUUUUUCUAGUUGCAUUCAUUACAGACUUCUCAAUCAUCUUAUUAAUAAAAGGGGGAAACUUGUCAGGGACACACAGUUACCAAUCUCUUGUAUACAACACUUUCGGCUUUGUUGGAUAUGUCAUUUUGUCAGUCCUCCAGUUCCUCUACCCAUUCAUUGCUAUGAUAAGUUACAACAUCAUCACUGGAGACACUAUGACAAAAGUGUUUCAGGGACUACCAGGAGUUGGUCCUGGUCACAUUCUGGCAGAGAGGCAGUUUGUCAUUUUGGCUUCUACCCUCCUCUUCACAAUUCCUCUCUCACUGUUUAGAAACAUGGAAAGACUUGGCAAGGUCUCAUUAGUGUCCAUGCUGUUAACUCUGGCCAUCAUUGUCAUAGUAGCUGUGAGGGCUGUCACACUGGGACCACAGAUCCCCCCCUCUAAGGAUGCGUGGGUGUUUGCACAGUGGAACGCAAUUCAAGCAGUUGGUGUCAUGUCUUUUGCCUUUAUCUGCCACCACAACUCCUUCAUGAUCUAUGGGUCGCUUAAGGAGCCCAGUUUAAAUAAUUGGUCCCGGAUCACACAUGUGUCUGUGGGCUCAGCUGCUCUAGUCAGUGCACUGUUUGCUGCUACUGGCUAUGCUACGUUCACUGGGUACACCCAAGGUGAUAUUUUUGAGAACUACUGCAAAUAUGAUAACUUGGCGACAUUUGGUCGAUUCUGCUAUGGACUCAGUAUAAUCACCACCUUCCCUUUGGAGUGCUUUGUGACCAGAGAGGUGGUGUCAAAUGUCUUUUUUAAUGGACUACUUAGCAGCACAUCCCACAUCGUGGUUACCUUGGUGAUAAUAUUAGCGGCUGCAGCAAUAUCCCUUUCAUACGACUGUCUUGGUGUUGUGCUGGAGUUGAAUGGCGUUCUAUGUGCCACGCCACUGAUCUUCAUAAUUCCCUCAGCCUGUUUCCUGAAACUCUCCAGUGGGCGAUGCUUUCAGAUGAAGAAACUUAUGCCAUUACUUAUUCUUAUUGCUGGAGUUUUUGUUAUGAUUGUUGGCCUGAUUAUGACAGGAUUGUCUCCUCAAGACUGUUCACAUGGAGUGGAGAUGUUUUACUGCACAGAAAUGAACUCCUCUUCUUCACUAACUAUGACUCCAGCUAGAAGUUCACUUCCGAUUAUAAAUUCCACUCAGAACAUUAGCAUUUUUUAAUAAAAUGAAAUACAAUUUCGAA